AUGGCGCCGUAUCCAACGACUGUGUACAACCCGUCCAGCUUGGCAGGCCACUGGACCUGGUCUGACAACUUCUUUGGCCGUGGCAUCAUGCUGUUUUAUGUGUUCACUGAAGUUGCAGAAGCAACUCACGACUUCUGGUUUUCGAACAAAACGUAUGCAGAUAUCGAUGCUACAUCGGAUUUGGUCUUUGGCGACGGCACCUUCCCAAUGUCGAAAAUCAAUGAGGAUGAAUGGGAUAGGGUGAAUAGUUACGUCCUCCGUCGCAUCGUCUAUGGAGAUGGAACUCCUCAUCCUGUGUUCUGGCCCAAGUUCCUCGACUGGUACAAGAGCACUUUCCCAGGUCUCGGUAUCGCUGUGAUGAGCAGCAACAAUGAUUGCAUACGCAGAUGUCAGUACCUCGCACCUUGCGCUGUCUGUCAACCUCUCUGUGGAGUGGCCUGA